GGACGCAGGCACACAAGCAGAGAGAAGAGCAGGCGCUGCACGGCGGAGAGAAACCGAGAAUGUCGUCGUUUCUCCAGGCAUUCGUGGAUCCAAAGAAGAACUUCUUGGCAGCUAUGCACAUGAAAGCCCUCACGAACCGCCUCCGCAAAUACGGCCUUCGUUACGACGAUCUCUACGAUCCCUACUACGAUCUGGACAUCAAGGAGGCGCUGAAUCGGCUGCCCACGGAGAUCGUGGAUGCGCGCCACCAGCGUCUCAAGCGCCAUGGACCUUUCCAUGAAGCAUGAGUACCUUCCUGAAGAUCUUCAGACCAAGCAGACACCAUUUAGAAGCUACCUGCAGGAGAUGCUGACUCUUGUGAAAAAGGAGAGAGAAGAACGUGAGGCAUUGGGAGCUUUGCCUUUGUAUCAACGCACCAUUCCCUGAGGAUGCUUUCGAGUUCCACUUGUCAAAGAAGAAACGGACUUGUUCCGUUCAAUUAGAUGGGUUGCACCAUAGUCAUCUAUGUCAGUAAUUGGUUGUUUUGCUAGGGGAGGUCAUUUUUUGUUGGCAAUUUUGAAAUAAAAAUGUAUAACCUGAACUCCACAUGCUCAACUGCUAAUCCAGAACAAGCAGUUGCAAUUGCGAUUGCAGUAUAAGGAGUUACUUGUGUUAUUUGCUUUUCACUAAUAUAUAUCAAGGUUGUUGAACCUGAACUCCAUUUUCAUUGCG